AACUCACUAGUGCAUUUUUUGUUUUUUUCUAACCUAUAGUUAACAUAUUAUUAUUAUUAUUAUUAUUGUUCAUUAUUAUAAAAAAAAAAAAAUACGUGAAAGCAAACGUGAAAUAUCACAAAAAAAUAACAAGUGUGUAUCAAUAAUGACGGACAACAUUCCCACAACGCCGUACAUAGUUCAAAUUAGUGAACCUCUCGAAACUAUUCACCUGGCAGAAGAAGUUGAUAAUCAAGUACAAAUUGCUUCAACUAUGAAUAAUUCUCAUGUGUUAGUUGAAUCCACAGAUAAGCCACUUGAAAUAAUUGAAGAACCUUGUGGGGGUGUCGCCCAUGAUGUUGGGGCUUUCACACAAGAGGAACAACCGCUGUCCUUCCAAAUGAUGUACCCUCAAGAACAGCCUUGCGUCGUUAAAAUUGUGUAUCCCCAAGAAUUGAGUUUGAUUCGAGCUCCAAAUCUGUUGAAACGUGGACGUCCAAAAAAGAAGAAACAAGAAGAGUCACCAAGUAAUGCAAACACUGAAGCAAAAACAGACAAUCUUGAGGCUCCUAAAGCUUCCAGAACUCGCUCUGGACGUCUAGUCAAACUUCCAAAAUAUAUAGAAAAGGAUUUUAAAAAAUUUGAACCAAGUGUUAAUGAACAUGAGGUGCAAGUCACAGAUUUUAAACGAGUAGAGGAGAAGGAAAACAGUAAAAUCGAAUUUGCUGAAUUACAGACCAAAAAGCGUGUGGUUAAAUCACAAUAUAAGUGUCCCAAAUGCUUUAAAGCUUAUUUGGGUAAAAACAAAAUGAUUCAACAUUUGAAAAAAAAUCCGGACCAUGGACCUCUCCCUGAAGGUUACCAGCAGUAUAAUUUUGAUGUAUGGAAUUAUCUAUUUGACAUCACCCAAAAAUGCAAGUCUGGGCAAAGAGGCGUUAAGUUUUGUGAAGAAUUGAGUAAUUUGUUACAUAAUGUACAGUUGCUAAAAAGUGCACUGUUUAAGACUGUAACAGAUAACAAGAAUUGUGUUCAAAUUGAUAAAGUAUUAGGUAACGCUAUUGGAUUGUCGCCUGGUAAAUAUAAAUUUGAUGAGAAUGAGUUAUAUAAGGAUGUCACUGUACUUAAAUUAAUAACAAAUAGUGAUUUUUUCAAACCCAAUAAUGUGAAUGCUGCUACUAAAAAUAAAACUUUUGAUGAGACACAUACAGAUCAGAGUGAAAAUAAGAAAAUUAAAACGGGAAUUCAGGAUUUGGAUAAAAAUCUUUCACGGGUUGGGGAAAGUGGUGAAAAUGCGAAAACAUGUGAUAUAGAUACCAGUGAUAGUCUUUUAAAGAAUGAUAAACCAAAUGAAGGUGAUUUUAAUUUAAUUAGUCCCAACGCUUCAAAAGAGCAAGAUGUUUCAAUAGCUGAUAAUUUUGCCAAAAAAAUGGAAGUUGAUAGUCAAAUAGCAUUACCUGCAGAUUUACUAAGUGAGAAUCUACUGUUACCUUCCUUACCAAAUCCUAGAAAUAGUGUAGAUGAACUAAUAUUGGAUAAUAGUUCGAAUUUGUUAGAUAAUAGCACUAGUUCAGAUGAAGUUAUGAAUGUGGAUCAGUUUGUAAAUGAGAGAUUUAAGAAAAUUAUUGAGCCCGAUAUAGAGUUGAGUAAUACGUCACUAAAUCUGGAUUUACCGAGUUUGGAACUGUUUCAUUUCCAUACAAGCUGAUAUUAAUUUAGUUCUCAAAAUAUUUAAAUUGUACUUUUACCAUUUAGUUUUUAAUGUGUCAGUAUACCAAAAUUAGAAAACUAUUAAUGCCUAUGAUAAUAUAUGGUGACCAAA